AUAACGUGCCAGCUGCUUUUAUUUUGUCGCAAAAUACAUACCAUAUGUUGUCUAACAGGGCAGUGGUACUUUUACUCAGAAGGAACACUGCCGGAAAAACUACCUGUGUCAUUGACGUUAAGUUGUGGCUCUCCGGUGAGAUUCGGUUACAGUUGGCGGAUUGAAUUUUAUUUCUGUAUUACGGGAGAUUUACCGGUCAUUUUGUCUCCUUCCGCUGCUUGUAAACUGUUUUCUCUUCUUCUCCGUUCCCACGGCGAGUUUAAAAUGGCGACUGUUUCAGCGGAUUAUGCGUUCAGCAGUCUGGAGCCUCUAAACAAAAUACUGGGUUCAGUCCGAUCACCAUGAAAACAGACCGUCAGGAGACCAGCUGCAAGCAGACAGGAAACAGGUCCAAAACCAGUCAGUUACCAGUAUCAAAGCAUCAGGGUGGCUGUGGUGUCAUCCUGGUGGAGGAGCAGGCUGAUGGAGAGUGAUUGUCGGAUCCCCGUGGCAUGUUGUCGGCCUCGAGUCCUCGUCCUGCACGCUCUGUUCUGGGGCCUUGUCUCCCUCAGAGUGUUUGGAGCAGCUCUGCUGAGUGAAGAGAAAUCCGCAGCAGUGAAGCCUGUGGUUGCCCCCUGCUGGCUGCUAGAGGAAUUUGUAGUGACAACAGAGUGCUCCCAGUGCAAUGCCUUCCAGUCUAAGUCCUGGGCAGCCUGUGGACAGACGGGGUAUAACAGAGAAGAGUACAAAAGCUGUCGCUCUGCCAUGAUGGAGGAACAUCUCUUCUGGAAGUUCGAGGCAGCGAUGUUGGCUCUGACUGCUGUCUUUGCCAUCCUGGUGGUUGUGCGUCAGCGCUGGCUUGACCGCCUUGCCUCUGACAAAGUCCGCCGCCAGAUCGAGUCUAUCUAGUCCACCAGAGACACCAGAACUGAGACUGGUUUUUCAGCCUGUGGCAGUACUUUAUCAACAGGUGGAGUUUAGACAGAUUCAGACUUGGGAUGGAGAGGGAUCCUUCAGAAGUGAAACCUGCAGGGAACUGGACAAACUUUUUUUUUUUUUUUUUAAUU